AUGACUACACGUUUCCGACACUUCCUCGGGAAGUACAAGAGCAAGUUUUGUUACUAUGUUGCAAACUCGGUCAACUUGCGCCAGAUUACACAAUUGAUACUAGUCUUGUUCUCGCUUGCCGCCAUUGUCGGCCCCAUCGUACUACUCGUGUUCGAGUAUAAGAAAAGCCCCUCGAGUCCCCUGAUCAUACUCGGGUUUCUAUCAGCUGCUAUUGCGACCUUUUUCAGUUCCUGUGUGGCUCUGUGGUGGUGGCGUUUCACUCAUCCUCCCAGGGACGACAACCAACAAGUCAUACCCUGGUCCAGAAGCGGUUCAGAGUCGAGCUCGGUCGGUCCAACUCAGACCCAACUUGCUGCAGGACCGUCCAACACACAGGGUACGGACUUCCCAUUGAGUCCUAUUACGGAGCAGGCUUCUUCUUCUGUCACUGCCGAAGUCAAUUUGAGUAUGCCGGCACUCGUCUUGGAAGGGAUAUUGGGGUCGAGAGCAAACUGGGAUCCGCGGCUGCUCAAGUGUGAUUUGGAGAGAUGUUUCGAGCAGAUGGCAGUAAAUGCUUCAAGUGAUAUGUGGUCACCUCUGCCAUGGAUGCAUUUGUUGAGUACUCAGGAUUUGGUAGAUAUCUCGUUGGACGUCUGCACUGUGAAAAUGCUUCUUGCGUCGUAUGAGAUAUGGCCCAACGGUGAUUCGUCUAUCAAAAUGAUACAUAAGUUUCCCGCAUCAACGUUGGCUUCGAUGGACAUGCGUUGUAGGUCUCAAGAAUACGACACAGUUGACUCACAGUCGAAUGAGCGGAGACUGUUGCAAGAUUUCAAUACAUCAUUUACUGUAAGUUCGCGUGGAAACAUGCCCGAAGUCACCCAACAACGCGUGAAUGUUGCGCCUUCUAAUUUCUUGCAUGUAAUCCCACUUCACGGAGGAUCAAAUAGUGGCAUCGCAAACUCAAAAGUCUGCGUUAUCGGCCAUGGGAGGUUACAUUCACAACAACGUAUGCCACCCCGGCACCGCGAUUCGCAAGCAUGCCAUCUGAAUGACGACAGAUUGGGGAAAUAUGAGAGUUGCCAAGCGGGAACUCAAUCGCCGGGCUUCAUCCGUAUGGUUGUCCACACUUUAGCCUUCUCUCGAAAUGAGAUGAUGGGAACGGGCAGUGCAGCGAACAAACACUGGACGUUGCAAUAUUGCAGUCCAACCCAGGAUGGAUUUAUCGAAGAGGAUGAGAUGCGCCCUGGAUGCCGCAUUGCCGACGGCCGGGUCAGACGCACGCGGACGAAAACGGCAUUCAUCCAGAUCCAUCUUUCCCCCCCUCAAAAUGACGGGACCACGAACCACGCGAUCAAAGUUCGGGGAAAGGCCGCUAUGGGGACGACGGAUGGGUCACCCUGGAGUCUGCGGAUACUGAGCUAUAAUCUGCUUGAUCAGUGGGCCAGUUUGUCUAUGAGUAAGUCAAGAGAGCCGGACCGUUCACCUUCAUCCGCUGCUGUCUCCGUUGAUCAAGCAAAGAAGCACGGCGAGGAAGAGUUUGUUGGCAAAGUUGGCACGUUGACAGUUGGAGAAGAAAAGAUGAGCAAUGACACACACACUGAUGCUAGCGUCAACCGUUGGAAGUUUGAACAGCUCAAAGUUAAGCGGCAGCUCGAAGCGACUUUUGAGUUUGAUGAGUCGAUCCAAAGAGGCUUUGAUAUUGCUCCUACCAAUGCGUUGCGGCCAUCAACGGGUGCGACGCUGCGGUACCGGACUCUGCAGUCCGUUUCUGACAGUGACACUUUCCACAUUUUGCCUUGCCGGCAAACACGGCGGAGAAGAGUCGCAACCAAAGUGGCCAACGGAGUCGCAUUCAACUUCAUAACUUUCAUAAGCAAUUUCACAAAAGAGGUGGGCCAUGGUCUCAUUGCGCGCCGUGCGUCUCUCCGCCAGGUUCAUCAAAAAAAGAGAAUGGCAAAUGGGGGCCGAGAUCUCCCGUCCGGCCCUUUCCAACAAGGCCCAGCCCGAAAACUCUGA